AUGACUCUCUCUUCUGAAAAUCCUCAACAGUACCUGAAGGUGGGGAACGCCACGUGCACGACCCUGGCCUUAGUGGGUCUGAAGGAGUGUGGCCUCCACCAGGAAUCUAGCCAGCUCGCUCUCAAGGCCGUCGGGGGUCUGGAGGUUCUACUCAACAUACUCAGGACUCGAAAUCUGCGCUGUAAUAUUGGGGCCCUGCAAGUACUGGAAUCUGCAUGUGGACACAUCACGACUAGGAACACCGUGUACAAACUAGGUGGUAUACAGGUACUGCUAGGUCUGGUUGGGCACACUGUUGUACAGGUGCGCGGCCUGGCAGCGUCCGUGCUUGCCCAGGUGUGCGCUCUGCCCUCCGCGCGGUCCGCUCUCAUCAGGGACAACGGCAUCCCGCCCUUGGUAAGAACCAAUGAGACUGUUGCGAUGAAGCAUGACCGGGUGAAGCUCCUCCGCGUAGACACCAACACACUCCUCGGUAACCACGACACGGCCAUGGCGGUGGAAGGGGCGGCCAGAGCUCUGUGGGCGUGCAGUGUGUCUCGCGCGGGACGAACUGCACUGCUACGGGCUGGUGGACUGGAGAUGGUGGGCGGCCUUAUGGGCGUGGCACGUCCUAGCCUCCUCGUCCCGGUCGUGGGCGUCCUCCACCAGUGCGUGGCCGAGGCUGUGUUCCGGGAGCGCGUCGAGUCUGCGGGCUAUACCUCCGCCCUGGUCAAGCUGCUUCACUCGCCGACGCCGCAGCUGCAGAUCCUCGCCACGAAGGCCAUAGCCAGGUGCUCCGUGCUGGAGGCCACGAGUUCUCGCCUGGUGCGCGAGGGCGGCCUCGAAAUGCUGGUCAACAUGCUGCGCCGGGAGGCCAAGACCUACGUCGACGCUCUCAUCGAAAAGGACCUCGCCUUCGCCAGGGAGUAUGGGCUGGUGAUCGACGCUCCAGGUGUUCCUCGGUCCAGGAAGGCGUCCAUGAUGCCUGACGGGGCAGGCCGCGAGGGCGCGUCUCUCCUGGAGGCGGGACCUGAGGGCACCGCCUUAGCCCCCGAGGGUGCCGGCGACGCAUCCAAGGGCGCUCCAGUCGACGUCACAGGACACGAGCAGGAUCGCCAGGAGUCGUCGCCCUCGCGCCAGAGCUCCACCAAAGAAGGCCAGGACGCGGACGACCUACAGAAUGACCCACGUGUGACCUCCUACACCUUCUUUUAUAUACAUGCUCUCAACAAAGGCUAUACAUACCACAGAAGAUUUUUAUCCUUGCAUGGUAAAUUCUAUGACUAUAACUUGAGCCCCUUUCCUCUCCUCGUCCUCGCACCGCGCCCCGAUUCGCUCUCCUGGCGCCGGAGUCUCAUUUCGCUCCUCUCUUUUUCUUCUCGCUUCCUCCCCCGCCGCCGCCGCACGCCCUGCGCAGUGAGCGUGGCGGGCGAGGGCGAAGGAGGCGCGGCCGAGGGCGGGAACAGCGAGCUCCUGGAGGCCGUCGCUGAGGCCAUGUGGCACGUGUCGUCCCUGCCCGAGCACGUCGUCGUGGUCAAGGAGCUGACGGCUGUGCCUGUCCUUGUGGCGCUGCUGCAUCACAACGACGAGAAGGUGCUGACGAGCGUGGUGGGGGGCCUCGGCGAGGCGGCCGGCGACCCGGACUGCUGCACGAUCCUCCUGAGGGGCGGGGGCGUCACCACGCUCAUCCAGCUCCUCCGAAGGACGUCGGACAAGUUGCUGCUGAACGUGACACGCGCGCUGGGGGCUUGUGCUGCCGACGAGGAGGCCCUCGAAGCGCUCCUGCAGCAGGACGGCCUGCGCCUCCUGUGGUCUCAUCUCAAGAACCCCAACUGCCGCGUCCAGGCCUCCGCCGCCGACGCCAUCUGCACCUGCCUCCAGCAAGAGUCGGAAGACCUUGCGGAAGUCGUGAGGAGCCUGGUGGGCGGCAUCGAGCUGCUGGUGUCCCUGCUGGAGAGCGAGAGCGAGGCCGUGCUGUCCGCCGUGUGCGCCGCCAUCGCCAGGAUCGCCAGAGACCCGCAGAACCUCGCCAUCAUGACGGACUACGGCGCCGUCACGUCCCUCUCCAAGCUCGCCGUCAGGGAGAACGACAGCCUGAGGCCCUACCUGGCGGAGGCGAUAGCGGCGUGCUGCGUCUCAAGGGAAACCGGGCUCCUCUUCGGGCAGGCGGGAGCCGUGGCUCCGCUCGUGCAGUGAGUCAGUCGGGCGGUUUUGCUCUUUUUGAUUCGUUCGGCUUCCUCUUCCCUUCUUCUUUAUCUCCUUGGAUCUCU